AUGAUCUUCGGCGGCCUUGAGAUUGUCGCAGGCGGAUACCUCAUUCACCGGCAUUACCGAAAGAAGAACGGGAAGGAGCAGCUCGAGGAAGAGGCUCAACAGCGACGCCAUCACACAUUCCCUGGUGCCAAUCCUGCAAAGCAGAAUGGCUGGAAUACUCAGGCCCACCACCGUCCUCAACACCAUCCACAAGCGCAACAGCAGCAACCCGUGGUACCACAGCAAAAGUACGCCUGCUAUGCUCCCGUAGCCGCACAGCCCCGACCGCAGAUAUACCAGCCUCAAUUCCAGCCUCAAACCCAGAUACAGCACCAAGCCCAACCUCAAUCGCGACCGCACGCGCCUCCCCACACGCAAAGCUUCAACAUCCCACGGCGGCCUGUACCGCAGCGAAAACCUCAGAUCAUCAUCGAGCCGUCCCUCCAACGCACAGACUCCUUCGCGACGAUAUCGCGCAUGCCUAUCGCAAACGGCUCGCGGCCACACGACGUACCCGAGCAGGCUAGCCCUGCGAUCGGUCUUUCACCUAUACCACAACAUGGCGUCUAUGGGAACGCAGGGUUCUCGGUGUCGACACCGGCGUUUGGAGCUACGCCUACAUCACCAGGCUUGGUAUACGAGAUGGCUACGGGACGCGAGGGCGGUGCUGGUCAGACUGUGGACGAUAACUGGGAGACGUUCGGCGGCCAUGCACAUGCUGGAGCGCCGCACUAUGCGCCGACUGUGUCUACUGAGCUGGGCGAGCGCGAUCCGCCACCGCCUUACAUGCCUUGA